AUGCGCGCUCCGGCGAGCCUCUUGCACCGGACCGCCCUCGCGGCAGCCGGCACCAGCCAGACAUCGUCGCCGUCGUCGUCGUCACCACCUCAGCAGCAAGAGCAGAUAGCACCGGUGAUGGCGGUGAACUCGGACAUGGUGGUCAUCAUGGCGUCUCUCCUGUGCGCGCUCGUGUGCGUCCUUGGCCUCGCCCUCGUCUCCCGGUCCGCAUGCCGGCGACGCCGCUCCGGCUCAUCCUCUGACCACUCUCCUCCGCCUCCCAAGGGCCUCAAGAAGAAGGCCAUUGACGCGCUUCCCACCGUUUCCUUCGCCGGCAUCUCUUCUCCCAUACCAGGGGCAUGUUCGUCCUCUGAAUGCGCGAUCUGCCUGGCGGAGUUCACUGAAGGGGAGGGCCUGCGGGUGAUCCCGCGGUGCAGCCACCACUUCCAUGUUGCAUACGUCGAAGCCUGGCUCCGGACAUGCGCCACAUGCCCCUCCUGCCGUGCCCCCAUCAUCGUUUCCGCGCCCGUGCAGCCACCGGCGACACCCACGGUGGUGGUUGUAGUGGCAGCAAACAAUAGGUGCGGGAGGUGCGGCGAGGUGGCGGCGCUGACUGGUGGUGAAGAUAGCACCAUGGUCUUGUGUUAA